UCUGCUGAAGGACACCGUGUUUUUUGUCAGGCAGACGAGGACAGCUUUAUUCUGUGGACUGGAUAGAAACAUUGGGGUCCGUUCUCUCCACAUGUCUUGCUCUACAACGUGAGAACCAUGCCGAAGUCAAAGAGGGAUAAGAAAAUUUCGCUUACGAAGACAGCCAAGAAGGGAUUAGAAACAAAACAGAACUUGAUAGAAGAGUUGCGGAAAUGUGUGGACGUUUACAAACACAUGUUUGUGUUUUCCGUGGCUAACAUGAGGAACAACAAACUCAAGGACAUCAGAACAGCCUGGAAACACAGCAGAUUCUUCUUUGGUAAAAACAAAGUGAUGAUGAUCGCCAUCGGAAGGAACUCCACAGAUGAGUACAAAGACAAUUUGCAUAAGGUCAGCAGGUUUCUGAGAGGUGAAGUGGGUGUGUUAUUCACAAAUAAGACCAAGGAAGAAGUUCAAGAGUAUUUCAGUCACUUUAAGGAGACAGAUUUUGCGCGGGCAGGUAAUAAGGCACAGAUGGCCGUAACACUUGACGAAGGACCCCUGGAACAGUUCCCUCACUCCAUGGAGCCCCAGCUGAGGCAGUUGGGCCUCCCCACCGCACUCAAGAAGGGAGUCGUGACGUUACUGAAAGAGCACCAAGUGUGCAAGGAGGGCGACGCCCUAACGCCCGAGCAGGCUCGUAUUCUGAAACUGUUUGGUAUUGAGAUGGCUGAAUUCAAGUUGCUAGUCAAGUGCAUGUGGGACUCUGAAUCGAACGACUUUGAGAAGAUGGCUGAGGAGGAAGACGAAGAUGCCAUGCAGGAAAAUGAAGAUAAGGAAGACGAGGGAGAAUGAAAGAUCAAAGAACACUGGACUUUUCAGACCUUGUUUAAAUGUUUUAAAUAACCUGUUUUGCCAGCCGUCACAAGCAUUUUUAUGCAUCUGGUUUGCAUAUUGCCAGUAAAAUGCUGAGUCAGGGACAAACUGUCCUUGAAAUCUUGUCUGUUCACAAUGUGCUUUCAAUAUAUUCUGUCAAAACAGAAAACUGAACAUAUGUGUUGGGCAAUGGAAUGCAUUUAUGUAGCUGAUGUUUGCUGUAUAAAGGAAAGGAUUCUGACAUG